AUGCCCAUCUCUGCACAACUAUCUCGUGCGCUACGCCUGGGAAAGGUAAAGGUAACACCCCACGAUACAUCCUCCCAAUUUGGCGGCGAAAAGAUUGGCGGGCGCUGGGAGUGGCGGCCAUAUGGCGACGCCCAGGUAGCUAUAUAUAUAGCAGCAUUAGACGGCUUGUGCGACGCCAUCGAGACACGCAUCGUGGGCAACGAUAACGCCGCCACAGGCCAGUCGCACUCUGAACCUUUACUCACGCCCGCUGUGCUUGAUACGGCGUCAGUGCCAGACGGCUUUGCACGCGCCUUUCUGACCCGUGCGCGUCGGCCUCGAUUCCGCCACGUUGCUCCGGGCCUCGCCUUACCUCUCGUGGACGCAGCCGAUUCCAAAGCAUUGCAGCGCUUCGCACAGCAGCAGCGACCGGGGUUGUUGGAUAUCCCCUCAGUCUGUCUCUUUCCUGUCGCACAAAGGGGGCUCGAAAGUAAUAUCACUGGGUCGCUCAGCCCACUUCUUAGUCACUCGUAUCUAUCCCGAGUCCCCGCCGGUUUCUACGAAGAGUUCGAAGCGAGGAGUUUGUAG